AUGUCGGUAGAUCGUAGAUGGAUGUAUGAGCGACUAGAUCAAAAUGGUUUUCUUAAUUCUGAAUUUGAGAUUGGAGUGGAGACAUUUCUAAACUUUGCCUAUGCACAAGUACAGUUUAUAUGCCAAGAUAAAAUUCAUUGUCCAUGUUCUAAGUGUCAGAAUAGAAAAUUUCAGAAUAGACAAGAUGUUACUUAUCACCUUUGCAAAAGUGGAUUUGUUGGAGGAUAUACUAAGUGGAUUGCGCAUGGUGAAUGUAUCACUCAUGAAAUAAAUUCUGAACAACUUGAGGAACAGUCUACUGAUUAUCUUGCUACAACCAAUAAUGUCAAUGAUUAUAGAAGCAUGGUCAUAGAAGCAAUGGAUAUAAAUUAUGGCACAGUUGGAGAUGGUAGUAUGGUGCAUCCUGUUGAUAGUGAGGCAUGGAAACAUUUUGAUCGCACCCACUCUUGGUUUGCAUCUGAUCCAAGAAAUGUUCGGCUUGGAUUAUGUCCUAAAAGCCCUGGAAAAAGCUUGGAUGUUUUUUUGAGGCCUUUGAUUGAUGAGCUAAAAUUGUUGUGGCAUGAAGGAGUUUGGACUCAUGAUGCUAAUUCUAACCAAAACUUUCAAAUGAAAGCAGCAUUGUUAUGGACAAUAAGUGAUUUUCUUGCAUAUGGUAUGUUAUCUGGAUGGAGCAUACAUGGUAGAAUGUCAUGUCCAUAUUGUAUGGAAAAUAGUAAGGCCUUUAUACUUCAGCAUGGUGGGAAGCCAUCCUUUUUUGAUUGUCAUCGUCAAUUCCUUCCUAUUAACCAUCCAUAUCGAAGACAGAAAGAUAAAUUUAGAAAAUAUUUCAUAGAAAAAACUCAUCCUCCUUCUCGUAUGGCAGGUGAUGUUAUACAACAUCGAGUUAAUUUAUUGAGUGAUGUUGUGUUUGGAACAACUGCUGGCAAGCAAACAAUACCGGGGUUUGGAGUACAGCAUAACUGGGUAAAAAAGAGUAUAUUUUGGGAGCUUCUAUAUUGGCAAUCAAAUUUACUUCGACAUAAUUUGAAUGUUAUGCAUAUAGAAAAGAAUGUGUUUGAUAACAUAUUCUACACAGUUAUGGAUGUGAAUGGCAAAUCAAAGGACAAUAUCAAGGCAAAAGUAGGUGGACCUGUGCAAUAUCGUUGGAUGUAUCCCUUUGAACGAUACCUCUUUGACUUGAAGAAAAAAGUAAAAAAUAAAGCUUAUGUUGAGGGUUCAAUUGUUGAGGCAUAUCUUAUUGAGGAAAUUUCAUCUUUUUGCUCACAUUACUUUGAGCCAUCUAUCUCGACAAGGCUAAAUAGAGUCCCAAGAAAUGAUGAUGGUGGACAUGUAGAACUUAUGGGACGCCUUUUGAUUUUCACUCAUGCAGGUCGGCCUUUUGGGCAUUUGGAUCAUGGCAGAAUAUUGUCAAAUGAAGAGUAUCACGCAGCACAUUUAUAUGUGUUGUUGAAUUGUCCUGAAAUUGAUCCGCUUAUUGACGAUCAACAAAUUGAGCGAAUGCGAGAGCAUGAACUGGCUAAUUGGUUAAAAGACUAUGUGGGAAGGAAAGAAGUUGAUAAUUGCAUUUAUCAAAUAGCUCAAGGGCCCAGCCAAAAAGUACAAUCAUAUAAAGGAUACUUUGUGAAUGGAUUUAAAUUCCAUCGAUAUGAUUGUAGCAGAGAGCGAAAAACAUUAAAUAGUGGUGUAUGGGUCAAAGGAAGUUGUUAUAAUGAAUAUGAAAGUGAUUACUAUGGCUUGUUGAAUGAGGUAUUAGAAUUAGAGUACUUUGGAGAGAGAAACAAGAUAAUCCUUUUCAAGUAUGAAUGGUUUGACACUAAUAGAGGGGUAAGAGUCCAUCCUCAACAUGGUCUUGUGGAAAUCAAUGUCAAAUUAAGGCUAGCAUCAUCUGAUCCAUUUAUUUUAGCUCAACAAGCUCAUCAAGUUUGCUAUAUUAAAUACCCUAAAAUCAAUAAAGUCAGAGUUGACUGGUGUGCGGUUUUCAAAACCAAAGCUAGGAGCACUUACAAUAUUGGACCUUCCAUGGUUAACAACAAUUCAAAUGAGCAAAACUCCAGUGAUGUUGCUUAUCAGGAUGAUGAUGUCUCAAGACCUCACGAAAUUGUACCAACAACCGAACUUGAUGAUCCCACAAUGUUUCUUAAUUCAAGUAUUAUAGUUGAGGGAAUGGUUUUAGUUCAAAUGGUUUAA